GUUCAAAUAGAGACUGUUCCGCAGAACCGCAUGUGUUUGUCUCCCAGCAAGUGGAUUAUGAGGAGGUGUCUGCACGAAAUCCAAGUUAACAUCUUCUUUUUCUGACUGAGUGCUUUUCAGAGGACGCUUUUGAAAAUUUAAUCUGAACUUUGUGAGAAGAUGGAUAACAAGGAGGAAUCAAAGAGUUGUUCCGUCAGUGUGCUGACCUGGGACCAGGUGAGCCGGCUGAAUGAAGUUCUGACGGAGGUUGUGCCCGUCCACGGAAGGGGGAACUUCCCCACCCUCGAGGUGCGGCUGAAGGACAUCGUGGCCCGGGUGCGCUCUCGCCUGGAGCUCAGGGGCAUCCGAGUGAAGGACGUCCGGCUCAACGGCUCCACGGCCAGCCACGUGCUGGUGCAGGAUGUUGGCUGGAGCUACAAGGACCUGGACGUUAUCUUCAGGGUGGACAUGCCGCACGAGUCAGAGUACAGGCUCAUUAAGGACGUGGUGCUGGGAACCCUGCUGGACUUUCUGCCUGAGGGUGUAAACAAGGAGAAAAUCACACCCAUGACUCUCAAAGAGGCUUACGUGCAGAAGCUGGUGAAAGUCAACACAGAGCAGGACCGCUGGAGUCUGAUCUCCCUCUCCAACAACAACGGGCGCAAUGUGGAGCUGAAGUUUGUGGACUCGAUACGCCGGCAGUUUGAGUUCAGUGUGGACUCCUUUCAGAUCGUGCUGGACUCCAUGCUCUCCUACUACAAGCUGGCACAGACGCCCAUGUCUCAGGCCUUCCACCCCACAGUGAGCGGGGAGAGUGUGUACGGGGACUUCAGCCUGGCGCUGGGCCACCUGCGGGACAAACUCAUCGCCACCAAGCGGCCCGAGGAGAUCCGCGGCGGCGGCCUGCUGAAAUACUGCAAUCUGCUGGUGAGGGACUUCCGUCCUGCCAGUGAAGAGGAGUUCAAGGCCCUGGAGCGCUACAUGUGCUCCCGCUUCUUCAUUGACUUCCCUGACAUUGGUGAGCAGCAGCGCAAGGUGGAGGCCUACCUGCAGAGCCACUUUGUGGGAGAGGAGAAGAGCAAGUACGACUACCUCAUGAUCCUGCGGCGCGUCGUCAACGAGAGCACGGUGUGCCUCAUGGGUCACGAGCGGAGGCAGACGCUGCACCUCAUCUCGCUGAUGGCCUUCAGAGUGCUGGCGGAGCAGAACGCUAUCCCUGACGCGUCCUGCGUCACCUGCUACUAUCAGCCGGCGCCCUACGUCCGAGACCACAACUUCAGCAACUACUAUGUGGCUAACCAGAACAUUCCAACAUGGCUGCCAUGUAACUGACAUAAAGUGGACGGAUGUAAAAGAGGGCCCGCUGCUUUGGAGACAAGAGAAGGACUUAAAAAAACAGAAAAAAAUAUAUUGAGGCAAUAAAUACAAAGUUCCUCUCAAGGCACAAUUAUAUUUAAGUGGACAGGUGUUUUGCUUUGUUUUUGGAAUACUUUCUCAUUCCUCAUCUUCAGAGUUGUCUAGGUCAUUGAAUAGAAAGUGAUAUUUUUAAGUGUUUAGACUUUCUUUUUCUUUUUUCUUUCUCAUGUUUGGUUGUUUAUCAGAGUUGUGUUUUGUGCCUUAACCUCCAGAUGUACGCCCCAAUAAUUUAAGUAUUGGCUAUGUUUUUGAAAAAGGGAUGAAAAUAAUGUUAUAGCCUAAAAUUUAUUUUUCUCCUGUGAUUUAGUAAAAAAAAAUAAUAAUACAAAUGUGAAAGGCAGAAAAAAAUGUAAAAUAUUUAAAAAUAGUAUUAUUGGGGUAGGGGAUAUAUAAUAGGUGACGAGCCCCAAAAAAAAGCAGAGCACCAGUGUUAUAAAUAUGUUUGAUUCACUGGGGAGGGGAAAAAAGGUGUUACACUAAUAACUUUGUUCACAUCAGAUAUGAAGAGGGAAGCGAGCGGAGUCCAUUUAUUUUAAUUCAUUUAGACAUGUAAAUAUCUCUUGCAUACAUUUGUAGUCUCCCUGAUACGCCGACAGUGCCUGUGAUUUGUAAACAGUGCAGGAGAUGCAAAAAAAAAUGUGUAUAUUUUUAUUUUCCACUGUGAAUUUCAGUGUAGGACAAGCUCCACUCCUCCCCCCC